AUGGCGAAAUCGGACCGUCUAGAAACGGGGCUUCGAGCUGCAGCGGAGAAGUCGCAACUCAAUUCUACGGAGAUUCGGCGGCGGGAAGACCUGCUUCUCGCUCUCCGCUUCAAGGCGAAGGAGAUGGCAGCCGUGCUCACCUCCGCGCAAUCAGCGGCUAACAGGUCAGCCCUGCUGGGCCGUGACGGGCGGUCGCUGGUGGCGGUGGAGACAGAGAGAACAGCCUCGCGAGACAACAAGGGGCUCGUGGCUUUGCAGCAAGAGAUCAUGCAAGAGCAAGACUCGGAGCUGGAGGAGCUAGAGUCCACGGUGGCAACCACCAAGCACAUUGCGCUCACCAUUAACGGCGAGCUGGACCUGCAUCGACAUCUGCUGGAUGAUUUUGAUGACAACAUUCAGUCAACAAAUGCUCGUGUACAGCUGGCCAAGAAGAAGAUGUCAAUAUUCAUGCGCCGAUCGGACAACACAUGCAACAUGCUGCUCGUCAUGCUAGUAGCUGCAGGGUUGGGCGCCGCAGAUGGCGGAGGAGGCGGCGACAGCGACGAGGAGAACGGGGUCGAGCGACCGGAGAUUGUGGCGAGCGUGGAGCGGGUUGAAGCGACCGAGGCGGCGCUUCUUGCGGCGCGAAUCGCGGCGGAAGACGUGGCGGGAGACGCGGAAGGGAAACAACCACCACUCCCGGCGAAGACCGCGCCGGAACCGCCAGCCGCGGGAAAGAUGUACGCGUGUAAGACGGUGGAUAAGAUUCUCAACGUGGAAGGCGGCGCGGCGACUCAGAAGCGGUUGUCUGCUCGCGAUAUAGAGGUGCGCGUUAGCGCGCUGAAGCACGAAAUCAAGGUUCUCGAACACGUGGGUUAUCAUCCGAACAUUGUGAAAGUUGUCGGAGUGUACAACAACGAGAAACGGCUGCGACUCGUUAUGGAGCUGUGCGACGCGGGGGACCUGCUGGGGCUUCUAACGAAUCCUCCCAAGAAGCCGCAGGCGGAAGUUAAAAACGAGGAUAACGGAGCGGCCGGAGGUGCGAAUAAAGAAGGUGAUUCUAACAAAGGAGCAGCAGGCAGAGAAACCAAGCCUGAGCAGCCGCAUGGGAAACCUUUCACAAAAAUCUCGCAGUUUUUCAAAGGGCUGGCUAAGGGGACUAUCGACCCAAAAGCCGCAGAAUCCGGGGCUGCUACUAACGGGGACAGCAGCAGCAGCAGCAGCAGCAGCAGCAGCGCUGCACAGCCCGAAAAAAUGCUGCAAACGGGGCUGUCGGAACGGCAGACUGCUCUGAUGUUCCGGCAGCUGGUAAAGGCAGUGGAGCACUGCCACUCGAGGCAUGUGAUUCAUAGAGAUAUCAAGCUGGAAAACGUGUUGCUUAACAACUGCUGUUGCUGCAAAUGCAAGCCUGCUGGCGCAGACGGAGGAGCACAGGAGAAUGGAAACCAGCAGCAGCAGCAGCAGCAGCAGCAGCAGCAAGGCGAGCCGUCUACCUGCUCGGGGUACGUCGUUAAACUCGCCGAUUUCGGGCUGGCGAAGCUGCUGCAGCCGACGCAGGCCAUGGCGAACGGCAACAAGGGCAGCCAGCUGUACAAGGCACCUGAGGUGGCGCAGGGCCGGUGGUAUACCACCCAGGCGGACAUGUGGUCUCUAGGAGUCGUUCUGUACGCUUUGCUAAGUGCCAGGUUCCCGCCGAGGGAUGCGCAGGGGAUGGUGGCUUGGGAAGCGGUUUCGGAUCAGAGGUUGUUGUUUAAAGGGGGGAGCUGGAAGGAGGUGAGUGGUGAGGCGAAGGCGCUGGUGGGUGUGCUGCUGUCGUGGGAUCCGAAGCUGCGGCCGAAUUGUGGCGAGGUGUUUAACGACCCGUGGCUGGUGCAGCACUGCAGAUGA